UUCGCGUAAUAUGAAUUGAAGCGUUUUGGUUAUAUGAGUUUUAGUUAGUAAUAUCAUUUUAAGUCUAUAAUAAAUGACAACUGGAUUUUUCAAUAUUCAAGGAUAGCUUUAAUGUUUUUCUAUGUUUUAAAGUGUACUUUCUAUGUUUUUCAUUUUUCCACAAAGUGUGUAAUAUUUUACAACUUGGUUAUACGAAAUUAUGCUUAUUAAUCACAAUCUAAAAACCAAAGGUGCAAAUGUGUUUUUUUAAUUUAGUUAUCAUUGCAUUAUUAGGAUGUGAAAUAAGUAAACUGGCAAGUACUUACUCAAUUAAUUCACCGAGAGAAUGGGAUAUAUGCAGUCACUGGAAUGGAAGAAGACAUUUCUUAGAAUUAGGAGAGAGGGGAGAGUUACACGCUCGUAACGUGUCAGCAUCAAAUUACAUGAGCACAUUUUAUACUUCUUCAAUUGCAAAUAUCAACAACAGAAGUAUUUUGUCAGAGCCUUGGUAUCAGUGUAACUUAGAAUUAGUUACUUGCUCUGAAUGUGUAAUUCGAAUAACAUUUACAUAUUCCAAUUUUUCGAAAACGUGUCAACCAGUAGUGAGCAGUAAUGAUGGGACGUUACACAAUAAAUGCUUUUGUGAACAUAUAACUUUUUCUGAGCCACCUUAUGAUGUCGCGAUAUCUGGUAAAAAGUUUUGUGGUGAAGAUAAAGUUUUUCGGAGUACAACUCGCUCAGUCUUAUUACAAUUUUUCUUUCAAGCUACUUACAUUCAUAUUUUUUCUCUACAGUACUUUUCCGAGAGAAAUGUCAAUGUUAUAAGUGGAUCACCUCGAAUACAAAAUGUACAGAAGAAUUCGACUAAAAGUCGCAACUGUGUGAUAACAACCCCUUACUUUCCUGUUCCAUAUCCAAGAGAUUAUGGCGUUGAACACAUAUUAACUUGUGAAACUGAAGAUUGCCAUGUCAAAUUAGAAUUUUCAGAUUUUCAACUAGGAAUGAUAUCAACAAUGAUGGUUUUUGAUUCAAAUGGCCAAAUGUUGGAUUCAUAUAAUGGUGAAAUUUUCCGACCACCCGUUAUUAUGAGCAGUGGAAAAUCUCUACUACUUCAAUUUCGUGGUAAUGGGGUAACCGGAGUAGGAUUCAGAGCAGCGAUAUCAUUUAUUUCCGAUAUUGAAUACAAUGAUAAACUAAUACUUCCAAAUACAGAUUGUGGUGGCAUGGUGGAAGGUUUAGGAGGGGCGAUUACAAUGAUGAAUAUGAUUGAAAAUGAAACUGAAAUUAAAUAUUACGACUGUAUAUGGAUCAUUAAACCAGCUAAUAAUUACAUGAUGAUGAAAACUCACAUUUCUGUAAGAGUAGAUACUUUUAUUGGGAUGGAGUCUAAUUCAGUUGUAGAGCUUCGCCAAGGAACAAUUUCAACAGCUUUGUUAAUAGAAUCUGUCAAUUGGCCUUCUUCGAAAAUAAGUGAAAAAACUCAUAUAACGCCAAUUCUGUCUGGAUUUUAUAUACAUUUGAAAGGAAUUUUUGGAAAAAAAUCUCGUUUAGCAAUUGUUUACAGUGUCUUUAAUUACAUGAAUUGUUAUAUUGGGUCAGAAUUUCUCUGCCAGAACAACCAUUGCUUAUCAAUUCGUUUACAUUGUGAUGGAUUUGAUCAGUGUGGGGAUGGAAGCGAUGAGCCUGAAACCUGCGGGAAUCAAAUAUCUAACGUUCAAUCAGAUCAACGAGAGUGGUAUACAAGCAAACCAAAUUAUUACUUCCCCAAGAUCGAACAAUACCCCGAUCUGAAAACUGCUACUGGAAUAUUUGUAAUUAGUACACUUGGUAUUUUAGUACUUUUAUCAGGUUGGAUGAUGAUUCUUUAUAGAAUGGGUAUUCGUGCGAGAAAUCAAAGAGAACUUCAAAAUCAAUUACAAACCAUAAGUGAGCUUUUAGAUCGUGAUCGUCAAGAAGAUCAGACAGAUAAUCCACCAGAUUAUGAAGCUCCUCCAGAGUACGACGAAGUUGUAAAAUUUAAAACGGGGACUGAAGGAACUUCAAAACAGAGAGGUCGGCGAAACAAAAGAAAGCAAAGACAUAGCAAAGACCAAAAGAAUCAGCUAAGUCGGAUGAAAGACAAAGAACUUUCGCACACCAAUGAUUCUGCAAAAACUGACGAAGUUUCUAAUAUACUUUCUGACCACAUGCAGUCAUUGUCAAAUAUAGUAGUAAACUCCACUGCAACUUGUGAAAAUUCAAAAACAAUUGCGUCGAAAACAGAAGUUGACAGCACAAGCUGCGUUUUACCAACAAGACAUCCCAAAAAGACCACCAAAACGAGCUCAAACGAUCAAUCCACUUCUAUAAAUGUUUUUAGCGCAUACAGUAGCGACGCGUCGACGCCAUUUGAGGAAAGCUCAUCACCAUUCGGCGAUGAUUCACUGAAUAUUUCAUUAACUUUAACUAUGUCAAACACUAAAAUUUUACGUGCGUCGAAAAAUCACGAGUCGUUAUACAGUGAAAAAAAUAAUCUUAAGAAAGCUUGGGUAAUAUUUGAUAAUGGACAUGUUCAAACAAUUCAAAGUAAAAGAAUGAGGCUUCGGCAUACACUUUCUUCGCCGGAAACAUUUUUACACCAUCUUCAAUCAUCCGAUGAUACAAAUUAUGCCAAUAUUUAUAAUGAAAGAAACUCAUAUCUCAGUAAUGCUACAACUUUUGGCUCAGAUCUAUCUUCCGAUCACGGAACUCUAAAUAAUGAACUCUAUGACAAUAGUUUAAGAAAAGAAGAAAGUAAUAGAGUUAGUAACGCGAUGAAUUUUUUUAAAGCGAUACAAACUAAAUCAAAAAUUUUAUCAACACAGAAUUCAGAAAAUUAUCCUGGCUCGUCUUUGACAAUGCCUUCUCAAGUCACAUUAAAUUAUAGCAAUUACAGUGAUGUUGAAAGUGAUGCUGAUCCAGAUAUAUCUGGUUUUGAUAACGUUUAUUUAUUUGGUAACAGUAAAAGGGAUGUGCAACGUUCAAAGCAAAAAAAGAGAGGAGAUCGGCGUAGUAACUCAUUUACAAAUUAUGGAAGAAGGCAUUCCGCUGGUGACAGAGAAUCAUUGAAAAGAUGUUCUUCUGCAGAUUUACUUAUGAAUAUGGUUACCCUUUCACUUACAUAAUGGUUAACCGUCACUCACUUCUAAAACUAUUUUCCAUAAUUCGUUAGAAAAAAAAUAAAUACGUUCUUCUUCUUUUUCGAAACAAUUUUUUUUUAAAUGAAUCAAAAGCUAAUCAUAAAAAUUUUAAUUAACAAGUUCUUUCAGUUUAUUUUAUAACUAUUUAAGAUAAUGGGGCUUGUUCUGAUUAUCGAAUCAGUAAGCUAGGCUGAUAUUUAGCCUAUUGGUUUGUAUUCGCAAUAAGAAAUAUCGAAAUUUUACGAUAAUUGUCACUCUCACAUAUAGAUUUGAUACUCAGAAUAAGAUCCAAUUUUCUACUAAAUAUAAUAAGCAUAUGUACAUGCAUACAUACUUAUAAAUAAAAUGAUGAACUUUUUUGAUUAAUACGAUUAUUGCAAGUUGGUCGUUCCUCAGUACACCAAAUGGGCCCAACUAACGCUGGUCAUGAAUUCCAACACGACACAAUGUGCGCAUUAUAAGUCCCAAUUGACAUUGCCAACGGAAUUGAUUAUUAUGUUAGUUUUUUUUUGAUACAUAGUGAUUUUUAUAUGUGAAAUAAAUGACGACGAAAACAAGUUAUUUUAAAUAAAAUUUGUUAGUGAAAGUAGUUUAAUAAUUUUUUUUGUAGUAUAGAAGAACUUUGGAAUAAGGGGAUGACAAUAUUAUUUAUGACAACAAAUUAAAGUGUGACAAUCAAUUAUCAAUUAAUGAACUAGAAAAGCGGAAAUUUAGUGUUCAAUGGAAUUCGAUGGUGAAUGAAAUUAGAAAUAGUUUUUUAUUUGUGAAAAUUGCAAAAUUGCAAAAAAUUGUUAUUUUGCAAAAUCAAGCAAAUGGCGUGAUUAACAUAUUCGCCAAAUCUUUCACAUACUGGGAAACGGUCAUUCAUGUAAAUGUUUUAUCUACUAAAAAAUUUUGCUUAAAAUAUGUCAGAAUGAACUAAAAGCAUGUGUUUAAAUUGAGAAUUUAUAAUAAAUUGGCAUCUCAAUUUAAUUAUCACACUCACCCAUAUUCUAUUUGUUGCAGCAUUUGACGUGAUUGUUUGUUAUUUAAAAAUCUUGUAAUUUUCUGAAUAAAAUAAAUUCCGAAAUUCGAAAUUCUGUAUUUAAAACAAAAUUCUUGUUAAUAAUACCAAAUUCUCAUCCCAUCACUUCAAGUAAUGCAACUAUCAGAAUAUGUUUGAUUAAUGUAAUUGUCUAAGUUGUUUUUGAUAAUACUAAAUAUUUGAAAAUAGAAAAUAAAUAUGAGAUUAAGAAUAAU